CCUCUGCAUUUGCAUCAGCGCAGGAGCCGAGAGCGGUGGCGCACGGAGAGACGGAGACGGGAAGGAGAAAAAAAAAACUUACGUUAGAUCUGUAAGGACUUUGCUUUUUAUCUAUAUUAUUAUUUCCCUUCCUUUUACAUUUUUGGGACUGUCUAUUUUACCUCACACUGGCCGGGACUUCACUUGUGACAGCGCUGAAUGGGAGGGAGCGAAACGAGGAGACCCGGAGAGAGCUGCGGGGAGGAGAUUAGUCUGUACGCGGAGAGGAGAGUGAGUCUCCGGGCAUCGGCUGUGCGUCUUUGCGCGGUGGGGACCCAGGAGCGGGUUGGACUGCGCUGUGGUUCUUCCCCCGGCUUUUUAAAAAAAAAAGGGGGUUCGCGGGGGGAGAUAACUUGACUCGCUUUAGCGCGGACCUGGAGAAGAUUCGGUGACAUUUUGAACAGAAUCGGAGGAAGUGUGUCGGAUCGUAUAGACUGCUCCACGCAUGUUGGAGGUGGAGAGAGGAGGGCUGGAUGCCUGCGGUUUGCGAGUCCUCAAGGCGCAGCCAAGGAUUACCCCCUGCAUCCCGGGCAUCGUUUGACGGAGUAAGGACGCAAAGGGAGUGGGUCAUUUCUUCAUAUUCCUCGCGCUUUGGCUUCUUUGGAGAGGAUAUGGCACGGUCGGCGCUGGAGAGAGGAGCGCAGCCGGCACAGGCGAGAGGAAACAGGAGCUGAAUGACAGGAUGCCAGCGACCUGAGCCCGCACUCAGAUCAGUUCCAACUUCGUUAAAAGAGACACUUGUGCUUUAUUUACCGAGUUAAGAGGAGAAAAGAAGAAUACGUGACCAAAAACCUUUCGGAGGAGUUUCAUUUUGAGAUUUUUUUUUGAAUGCGUAAUUUUAUUUUUUUGGAGAUAAAACAAGGAUGCAUUGUGGAUUAGUCUUUAUCCUGUUCAUGGGAAUCCUCUUGGUGGUCAAGGCUUUCAAAAACGACAAAUGUGGAGGCAACAUCAGGAUCUCAGCUGCCAACUACCUCACCUCGCCCGGAUACCCCAUGUCUUAUCCCCCUUCUCAGAGAUGCGUGUGGGUGAUCUCGGCGCCUGGUCCUCACCAGCGGAUCCUCAUCAACUUCAAUCCGCAUUUCGAUCUGGAGGACCGGGAGUGCAAGUACGACUACGUGGAGGUGCGGGACGGCGUGGACGAGAGCGGUCAGCUGGUGGGGAAGUAUUGCGGGAAGAUCGCCCCCUCUCCGGUCGUCUCCUCUGGAAACCAGCUCUUCAUCAAGUUUGUGUCUGACUACGAGACCCACGGAGCAGGCUUCUCCAUCCGAUAUGAGAUCUUCAAGACAGGUCCCGAAUGCUCCAGGAACUUCACCUCCAACAGCGGCGUCAUAAAGUCACCCGGGUUCCCAGAGAAGUACCCCAACAACCUGGACUGCACUUUCAUGAUCUUCGCCCCGAAGAUGUCCGAGAUCAUUUUGGAGUUCGAGAGCUUCGAGCUGGAGCCCGACCCGACACCCCCUACUGGUGUGUUCUGCCGCUACGACAGACUGGAGAUUUGGGACGGCUUCCCCGGAGUCGGUCCAUACGUCGGGAGGUACUGUGGGCAGAACACGCCAGGCAGGAUCAUCUCCUACACCGGCAUCCUGGCGCUAACAAUCAACACUGACAGCGCCAUUGCUAAGGAGGGCUUCUCUGCCAACUUCACCGUCAUCGAAAGGACCGUUCCAGAGGACUUUGACUGUAGUGACCCUUUGGGAAUGGAAUCGGGAGACAUAACAUCAGACCAAAUCAUGGCUUCAUCCCAGUACAACCCCAGCUGGUCCCCAGAGCGGUCCAGACUCAACUACUAUGAAAAUGCAUGGACGCCGGCAGAAGACUCAAACAAAGAGUGGAUACAGGUGGAUCUUGGGUUCUUGCGGUUUGUCUCAGCCAUCGGUACCCAGGGCGCCAUCUCCCAGGAGACCCGGAGGGUUUACUUUGUCAAGUCCUACAAAGUGGAUGUCAGCUCUAACGGAGAGGACUGGAUCACUUUGAAGGAAGGGUCCAAACAAAAGGUUUUCCAAGGCAACACCAACCCAACAGACGUUGCCAAGACGAUGAUGCCCAAACCCACACUGACACGCUUCGUUCGGAUCCGUCCCGUUACCUGGGAAACAGGCAUCGCACUGCGCUUCGAGGUGUAUGGAUGUAAGAUAUCAGAGUACCCAUGCUCGGGCAUGCUGGGCAUGGUAUCAGGCUUGAUCACCGACAACCAGAUCACCGCGUCCUCCCACACAGACCGGAGCUGGGUACCAGAGAACGCUCGCUUGCUGACCAGCAGGACGGGGUGGACCCUGCUGCCCCAGCCCCAGCCCUUCACCAACGAAUGGUUGCAGGUGGAUCUUGGCGAGGAGAAGCUGGUCAAGGGGUUGAUCAUCCAGGGAGGGAAGCACCGUGAGAACAAAGUCUUCAUGAAGAAGUUCCGCCUCGGCUACAGCAACAACGGCUCCGAGUGGAGGAUGGUGUCGGACACCACCGGGAUCAAGCCAAAGAUAUUUGAAGGGAAUAGCAACUACGACACUCCUGAGCUGAGGACGGUGGAUUCCCUGCUGACCCGUUUCAUCAGGAUUUACCCAGAGAGGGCCACUCCUGCUGGCAUGGGCUUGCGGCUUGAGCUCCUGGGCUGUGAGAUCGAAGCUCCUACUCUCCCGCCCACCACACUGGUCCCGGGCACUACUCCGUCGGAUGAGUGUGACGACGACCAGGCGAGCUGCCACAGCGGCACAGGUGAUGACUACGAUGUGACAGGUGGUACCAUGAUGCCAGAGACCACUACUGCUGAAGUGGAUACCGUCCCAGAUUUUCUGUGGUUUGCCUGUGACUUCGGUUGGGCCAAUGACCCGUCCUUCUGCAGGUGGACAUCAGAGGACACUGGCUCUAGGUGGCAGAUCCAGUCCAGUGGCACCCCCACCCUCAACACGGGCCCCAACAUGGAUCACACAGGUGGAUCAGGGAACUUCAUCUACACCUUGGCAACAGGUCCCCAAGAGACGGAGGUGGCUCGGCUGGUGAGCCCUGUGGUCAGCUCCCCGGACUCAGACCUGUGCGUUUCCUUUUGGUACCACAUGUUCGGGUCGCACAUUGGCACGCUGCAUAUCAAACAGCGCAAACAGACAGUCGACGGACCGGCUGACAUCCUGCUGUGGACGGUCAGCGGUCACCAGGGCAACCGCUGGAGAGAAGGUCGUGUCUUUGUGCCUCGCACCAACAAACCCUAUCAGGUGGUGAUCGAAGGUCUGGUGGAGAGAAAGAGCUGGGGAGACAUUGCUGUGGAUGACAUUAAGGUUCUCAAUGGGCUCAGCAUGACGGACUGUAAAGAUCCUGACGUGCCCACUGAGCCCAUGCUGCCAGAGGAUAGCUUCAAUGAAAUCCUUGAGGACAUCACUGAAUACCCCGUGUUUGUGGAGACCAACCAGAUCAGCGGGGCGGGCAACAUGCUGAAGACGCUCGACCCCAUCCUCAUCACUAUCAUCGCCAUGUCCGCCCUGGGGGUCUUCCUGGGUGCCAUCUGCGGCGUGGUGUUGUACUGCGCCUGCUCACACGGAGGCAUGUCGGACAGGAACUUAUCAGCCCUGGAGAACUAUAACUUUGAGCUAGUGGACGGUGUGAAGCUAAAGAAGGACAAACUCAAUGUACAGAGCUCAUACUCGGAGGCUUGAGAUGGGGCUGAGUGCAUUAGUGUGACUGUAUGACGUGCAGAGCGUGCACAAGACUGGCUGUAGGCAUAUCCUCUCGCCUAUGCGCGAGUAGGUAAGCUUAAAGGACUGCCAACACCCCUCAACUCACUGGAUGAGGGACAGGUUCAGGACCCAGUGGGAGGUUUGGACUGAUCCACGCUUUUCUCAGGAGCUGCAGUAAAAAGAACCCACCAGUAGGGGACACUGUGUACAAAUAAAAUACAGAAAAAAAAAUAUGUACAGAUGAUUUAGAUGAUAUUUUAAUUUUCUAUUUUGAUUUUCAUUCAUUUUUACAAUCGGAUGCUGGUGUUGAGACCAAUUUAUUAAUAAUGUUUAAAGUAUUUAUCGUUUUCUGGGAAAGAAAUGUUUUUUUUUUUCCUCAUCAGUUCAUGAAGGCUGUUUGUUUAUUUUCAACUUUUGAAAGAGACGUAUCAAAAUCUUAAAUGAACCAUAACCGGCAAAACUGUAGAUUUGCCCCGUGGUGUGGCAUACAGGGUGUGCCCAUAACCCAGGACCCUGAAACAUGUACCCUCCCCCUUCGACCCCUGUCACUCUAAAGUGAGGGUCCCAUUCAUGGCAAUGUAUGGUUCUGACAGUGCCUUUAGUACAUUUCGGUUCGCCUCCUCUGUUGAUAUUUUUACUGUACAUGGCUUCAGUUAUGAUGACAGGAAACAGGGGUACAUUAUCUUAUAAAUACCUGCCAAACAGGAAAACAAUCUAUCACAGCGCUUUGUUUUGUUUUGUUGUUGUUUUCUGUCCAAAAAACACACUGUAAAUAAGUUUUAAUAUAUUUUAUUGCCCUUUUUAAAGAAAGUAAAAAGGAAAAAAGCUGCAGUAUCCCUUUUUUCAUGGGUUUGUGUGUGUGUAAAUACAAUCUCCUGACUGUUUUGUGGAAGGUGCAGUGUUAUGGUCUUUUUCAUUUUAGAUUACGUUGCUCAGACGAGCAAGAUUUGUGUGAUGCUGAUGUUACAGCGAUUUCAAUGUGCAUUCAAGCCAUCUGUCACGAAUCUGAAACACCCACUUCACGAAAAAACCACCGAAGAACGAAUGAGUCAAAAGGUAACAAAAAAAAAAAAGAAACUGACAUAAUGAACUCUUGGCACUCUCUCAUUUCUUCAUCAUACCUCCUCUGUGAGUUUGACGGGUCACCAGAAUUUUUCACAGAGCUUCAAACAAACACACUCAUGCGGAAGGAGGUGGUGAAAUUAUGAAAUGUCUGCCAGCAUACCAAAAAAUAAAAAAACCCAACAAUCAUCAUUGCUUUCUUUUAGCUGAAAACUCAAUUAACUCACCUCCAAACAUCACUGUGGAUUGUUCACUGAAGAAGUGCUAUCUGGACAAUGCAGCUUGAAUGCACUUUGUUUCCGACUCCCUCAUGAUAGGAGCCUAUAAAACGAGGGGGUUACCACACUAACUGAAGAAUGGUGCUAUCGUUACUUUAGCCAGACAAACGUGUCUCAUGAUUAAACCCAGUUUGUAUUGUUCACAUGCUGUAUUGUAGCUUAAGGCCUCUUGGUGGGGCCGCAAAGAGUUUUACGUGUUUCACGUGUAGCAGCCAUAAACGUUGUGAUGUCAGAGCUGAUGUCAUUAGGACAGGACACUGGUACAGCGGGGGGGAUCGAGUGGCGUCACCUGAAUCAGGUCACCUGGCCUCCCUCCGUGGCUUUACCAAAGGAUGGUCACCCCCUUCCUGUUCGCUGGGGGGGUUCUCACCAAUACACAACUACUCAGUUCACCAAUGGUCAUCAGUCACAAAAGAACUGACUACCUGCUUCGCCCUAUCAGAGCCCCUGGAGAGAAACUCCCCAGGGGGAUGAUGGGACAUGUAGAGAGGAGCAAUGUGUCUGUUUUUCUAUCUCUUUUUAAGCUUGAAAGAUGUGCUAAUGUCACCUCAGUGUGAACUCUUCAAAAAUCUCUGUUGAGACUCUUAGUUUUUUUUGCAGGUGGAUGGAUGGGACAAUCCCACCAUUACACACUAUAAGGGGAACUCUGAGUGAACUCCGUGUGAGAGUUCCAGUAUCAGGACACAAGGGGCCCGUGGGACCUGGAACUCAGUGGUUUUUCUGCACCACAAUCAAACAAUCAAAAACUUGAUCCUGAGAUCAGUUACGUCUUUUACAUCCGUGUGCAUUGUAUUUUUGGUGCCGUGGUGAACACAUUCUCCGCUUGUUCAUUUCAACUUCCCCACUGUCCAUCUGCGCUUUCAGCUAUAGAAGACUGUAGCUCCAGCGAUGUGUGCUAAACUAGAGAAAAAGGAUACUGUAGCGUGGACUCAAAAGAAACGAUGUUGCACUGAUAAAUAUAUUUAAGAGGUUUAUGUGUUUAUAGCAUUCAUUUGCAAAAAAAAACAAAAAAACAGAAGAAAGUCAAAAACACAAAAAACAGGUGUUCAUUUCUUUCAUCUUUUUAUAUAUAUAGUUUCAGAUUAUGUGAUAUAAUUCUGAAAUGUAAAGAUAUUGAGAUGUUUUCAUUAUUGAAAAAGGCAUAAUAGAUUUUCCAACAGUAAUGUCCCUGCCCUUCCAUUUACAUGGCAUAUUAACGCUUCGUUUUGUACUGUCAUUCAAUUUUGUGCAGAUUUUUUUUUUUUUUUUACAAGAAUAAGAAAAAUAAGACUUUUAUUUUCAAUACUGCUUCUGUAAUUUGCUGUUGUAGGAAAAAAAAUGAAUAAACAGCAAGGCCUUAAAAAAGAAAAGAGAA